AUGAUGACAUCCAAAAUAAUCGUGCUCGGUGAUGUGAACUGCGAGUUCCGCGAGGUGUUCACGAAGCUUGCCAAACUCCAUGUCAAGCAGAAUUUCGCACUUGCCAUUAUCACCGGUGACCUUUUCGGCGACUGCUCGACCGAGCAUGAACUAGAUGAGGUGACGGCAUUGCUGAAUGGGAAUACCAACGUCCCACUCCCAACCUAUUUUGGGCUGGGUAAUCGCCCUCUCCCCACCAGGGUGAUCGAGAGAAUCGAGGCCAACGACGAAGUCUGCCCUAAUCUGUUUUUCCUGGGAAGACGCGGCACCCUCAAGACGGCAGAAGGCAUCCGCAUCGUUGCUCUCGGAGGUAAUUUCGAGACAGAAAACAAGUCGACCGACAAGUUUCACCCUGCCUACACAGAGUCAGAUGCCCGAUCUCUCAACGGUGCCCACCAUGCCGACAUCCUCGUCACUCAUCAAUGGCCCAAGGGCAUUCGCACCGGCUCCAAGGUAUCAUUACCAGAGGACGCAACGCCACCGCAGGAGAUCCAGUGUAUCGCAGAUCUCUGCUCCACCCUCAAGCCUCGCUACCACCUGACCUCCUCCGGCAACUUUUUCUAUGAGCGCGAACCUUUCUUCCACAUGCCCACCGAAGACAGCCCCGACGCGAAGCCCCUCACCCGUUUCAUCAGCCUCGCAUCCUACAGCAAAACCUCCAAGCAGAAAUGGAUGUACGCAUUCACUCUCGACCCUAACGCUCCUCAUCCCUUGACCGUCCCCGUUGGCGCCACCGCAUGCCCUCUCCCAACUCCCCAAGCCAAGCGGAAGCCCUUCGCCAGCCAAAACGAGUCCUAUUCCCGCUUCGCCGUCGACGACGAUCACUCCCACCGUCCCCGGAAGCGAGCCCGCGCGCCUCCCCCAGGCCCCGACCAGUGCUUCUUCUGCCUCUCCAACCCCAACAUCGCAACCCACCUCAUCACCUCCAUCGGUAACGAAAGCUACCUCACCACCGCAAAGGGACCCCUCCCCACGUCCAAAACCUUCCCCGCCCUCGGCUUCCCCGGCCACAUGCUCAUCAUCCCCUUCACCCACUCCCCCACCCUCAACAGCAUCUCCGACCCGGAAUCCCGCACCGCCACCUACUCCGAGAUGCAGCGCUACCGAUCAGCUCUGCACUCUAUGCUUCACCGCCGCGCCUCAGGCGCCCUCGGCGCCGUCACCUGGGAAGUGAGCCGCGGCAACGGCAUCCACGUGCACUGGCAGUUCCUGCCCGUACCGUCGGCGCUCAUCAAGCGCGGCCUCGUCACCGCCGCCUUCAAAGUCGAGGCCGAGAACCUCAAGUAUCCCAAAUUCGAGUCCGCCUCGAACACCGCCGACCCCAGCGCCGAGGCCGGCGAUUUCUUCCGCCUCUGGAUCUGGGAUCCCCCCUCCGAGGGAUCAGAGACCGAGCCUCAAGACCAAGACCAAACCGAAGCUGAGUCACAACCAGACAGCCCAAAGGCUCCUGGGACUGAAAAAUCCAUCAUUUUGCCUUUGGGACCGGAAUUCCGGUUCGAUUUGCAAUUCGGGCGCCGAGUCAUGGCUAAGCUGAUGGAAUUGGAGAAGCGCAUUAAUUGGAAGAAUGACGUGCAGUCGGAAGCAGAGGAGGAGAAGGAUGCGACGGCAUUCAAGGAAGCCUUUAAAGAAUUUGACUUUACGCUAGAGGAAUAG